UGUUCUUGUAGUUUACUGUCAGCUGUUUACACAGUUUCACGUAAUUCUAGUAAAAGAAAAUACAUUCUAGUAAAUAAUUAAAAAUGUUUUCCAUUGACGCCCCUGCCGAGUUACAAAAUUCGGAAUUUUGCAAUUACCGAUCUCCAUUGAGCACUAGAUAUGCAUCGAAAGAAAUGCAAUAUAACUUUAGUGACCAAAAGAAGUUUUCCACAUGGAGGAAGCUGUGGAUUUACUUGGCUAAAGCUGAAAAGGAGCUCGGCCUGGAUAUCACCGAUGAACAGAUCGCAGAAAUGGAAGCAGCGAUACACGACAUCGACUUUGAGUCUGCAGCAGAACAUGAAAAGAAAGUGCGCCACGACGUCAUGGCACACGUCCACACUUUAGCUGAGAGAUGCCCUCAUGCUGCUCCGAUCAUCCACCUCGGAGCGACUUCGUGCUACGUCGGAGACAACACUGAUCUGAUCACCAUGAAGCAUGGAUUGGAUCUGCUGUUGCCGAGGCUAGCUGCCAUCAUAAGUCAACUGUCUCAAUUUGCUGAUGAACAUAAGUCCCUACCAAUGCUGGGAUUUACUCACCUACAACCUGCGCAGCUUACUACAGUAGGAAAAAGAGCUACGCUGUGGUUAAGUGACCUCUUGAUGGAUGAGCGUGCGCUCUCCCGGGCCAGAGAUGAUCUGCGAUUCCGAGGAGUCAAAGGCACUACUGGUACCCAAGCUUCCUUUAUGCAACUCUUCAAAGGUGACGGUGAAAAGGUACGAGCUCUUGACAAAAGAGUUGCGGAACUAGCCGGAUUUGACAAACGUUACAUAGUUACUGGACAAACUUAUUCCAGGAAAGUAGAUUUAGAAGUAAUAUCUGCCCUAUCAAGUCUUGGAGCAACGGUCCAUAAAAUGUGCUCUGAUAUCCGUCUGCUUGCUUCUCGUAAAGAGUUGGAAGAGCCUUUCGAAGCUUCUCAAAUUGGCUCCAGCGCCAUGCCGUAUAAAAGAAACCCAAUGAGAUCCGAGCGGUGCUGUGCGCUGGCUCGUCAUUUAAUUACGUUGCAUUCAAAUGCUGCCAAUACCCACGCAGUUCAAUGGUUAGAACGAACUCUCGAUGACUCAGCUAACCGUCGUAUUACGCUGGCAGAGGCCUUCCUUACAGCUGAUGCUACUUUGAUUACGUUACUUAAUAUCUGUCAAGGAUUAGUGGUGUACCCCAAGGUGAUAGCUAGAUAUAUUACCCAAGAGCUGCCAUUUAUGGCAACCGAGAAUAUCAUCAUGGCAAUGGUACAAGCUGGAGGUGAUCGCCAAGUAUGCCAUGAGAAGAUAAGGGUGCUUUCUCAUGAAGCCGGAGCUCAAGUCAAGCAACAUGGUAAAGAUAAUGAUUUGAUUGAACGCGUGAAAAACGAUUCCUAUUUUGCUCCAGUAAUACCACAGUUGGAUAAAAUUCUUGAUGCUUCAACAUUCAUUGGGCGUGCACCUGAUCAAGUUUCUGAAUUCAUUGAAGAAGAAGUUCAGCCAGUUUUAUCUAAAUAUCAAAACACUCUUUCUGAGGUUCAGAAACCAGUUGCUUUGAAUAUAUAAUUUAUGUAACUUUUGCUUAUAUUUUUCAAUAGGUAAAUACACAGCACUAGAUAUAAA